AUGACUAAAGAGUUUGAAAUGACUGAUAUUGGGCUCAUGGCAUACUAUCUGGGCAUUGAAGUGAACCAAAGGGAAGAUGGAAGCUUCAUCUCACAAGCAGGUUAUGCAAGAGAGAUAUUAAAGAAGUUCAGGAUGGAUAACAAUAAGUCUAUAAAUACCCCAGUAGAAUGUGGAGUCAAGCUAUCAAAGCAUGAUGAAGAAGAAAAAGUUGAUCCAACAUUUUUUAAGAGUUUGGUUGGAAGUUUACGAUACUUAACGUGCACAAGGUCUGAUAUUCUUUAUGCUGUUGGACUUGUUUGUCGCUACAUGGAAGAUCCAACUACUACCCACCUUAAGAUCGCUAAGAGAAUUUUGCGCUAUAUCAAAGGAUAUAGUGACAGUGAUUGUGGUGGAGAUAUAGAUGAUAGAAAGAGCACUACAGGAUUUGUGUUCUUUAUGGGAGAUACAACUUUCACUUGGAUGUCGAAAAAAUAG